AUGUCUCUGCUGGCGACUGUCAGUCGCUCCUGGGUGGGUGUCGUGUCUGCAGAGCUCAGCCGCCCGUCAGGUACGCCAAGGCAGUCACGAAGACACACGAGCAGCACGAGAUUUCUCCCUUGGUGCUGUGUGCGCUUCUGCGUUUCAGGUUUGUUAUUAGUCUGGUGGGUCUGAGAUGGCCGACACGGCCGUCGAGGACGGCACAGAGGCCGACAAGGCCGGGCCACGACGGCGCCGAGUGCUGUGACGGGUGGCUCGACGGGGGAGGCCAAGCAGCCGUCCGCCGAGGCGAGCAGCAGUGGCGCUGGCGCAUCAGAGAGCGCGUGUGCACCCGGCAGCAAGAGAAAGGCAUUUUGGGCUGCUGAGAACUACUGAGAACCUGAGAACAGAUGGAGGUGAGGGAGGAGGCUGGGCCCCUUUGCGCGGGGAUGUGCAUGGCGCAUGCAUGUGGUUCUCAAUUGUCUUGCUCUCUCCGUGUGUGCAGGUGGAAGAGGCGUUCUCAUGGUGAGCAAGGGGUGGACCCACACUGGCAAACACACACGAUAAGGUGAGUGGCCGCAUCCAAGAUGAGAGACACACGACAGAUUCUCUUCCUCUGCCGUGCACGUACGCAUGUGUGUUGUGCAGGUGUUGUUGGUUGGAUGAUGAGAAUGCAUGCAAAGAAGACGUCCUCGUCUGCGGCAAGGCAUCCGUCCCUCAUGUGCGUACGAACUUUUCGUGA